GUCAUCUGAGAGUCAUCCCGUCCCGUCCCGUCCCGGUCCAGGACCAGGUCCACCUAUCAUCAAGUUUUGAACCCCACCUGAACUCUCUCCACAACCACAACGAACAUCAGAUAUUAUGGAGCAAAUGGUGUCAGCUCGCGCUGAAUAGGGAUUUCACUUUCACACUUUCCCCUCCUCUCCUUCACUGAUUAAUGUCGCAACCUCUACUUGAGCAAGGGGAUACAAUGGGUGACAUUUCAGAAAAUCAUUCUGCUUCAUUGUUAGAGAGGGUUGCAAACUUUAGAACCAUCCUAUGGGAAGCAUACCAAAGAAAGCCAAUCUCACAUUGGAUUCUUCUAUUUCUAAGCAGUAUGGCAAUGCUUGUGGCAUUCCCUGCUUCAACCCUUCUGUCUCGUGUCUAUUAUGCCAAUGGGGGCACCAGCAAAUGGAUCAUUUCUUGGGUGGCUGUUGCUGGGUGGCCUUUAACUGCUUUGAUCUUGAUUCCUACAUACUUUAUCUGUAAAACUUUUCCUACUCCUAUGAACUUGAACCUUUUUCUUUCUUAUGUUCUUCUGGGUUUCUUAAGUGCUGCUGACAAUCUCAUGUAUGCCUAUGCCUAUGCUUACCUCCCAGCAUCAACUGCUGCUCUCGUGGCAUCAUCAUCUCUGGUGUUUUCUACACUUUUUGGUUAUUUUAUUGUGAAGAACAAACUGAAUGCUGGAGUGAUAAAUGCUGUUGUGAUAAUAACUGCCGCCGUGACUGUGAUUGCAUUGGAUUCUGAUUCUGAUAGAUACAGCAAUGUCAGUGACAGACAAUAUAUUUUGGGUUUUGUCUGGGACAUACUGGGAUCUGCACUCCAUGGACUAAUCUUUGCUCUUUCCGAGCUGGUUUUCAUAAAGUUACUGGGAAGAAGGUCGUUUCACGUUGUCUUGGAACAACAAGUCAUGGUAUCAUUCAUGGCCUUUGUAUUUACCACCAUUGGUGUCAUUGUAAAUAAGGAUUUUCAAGGGAUGGCAUCGGAAGCAAAAACUUUCAAGGGUGGUGAAGCUGCAUAUGAGCUAGUUCUGAUUUGGGGUGCAAUUACCUUUCAGUUGGGUGUAUUAGGAAGCACUGCUGUACUCUUUCUGGCUUCCACAGUGCUGGCUGGUGUUCUCAAUGCAGUUAGAGUACCAUUGACGAGCAUUGCAGCCGUUAUAUUGUUACACGAUCCAAUGAGUGGUUUGAAGAUCCUAUCUCUUGUCAUUACAUUUUGGGGAUUUGGUUCCUACAUAUAUGGCAAUUCCACUGAGAAUAAGUUAUCCUAGUGAUAAUGACCAAAAAUGUGAUUCUAGUGACAACCGUGUACCUUGGUAUCUACACAUUAGCAUAGAGUGUGUGCUAUACAAUUAUUCGGGUUACACUUGUUUUCUUAUUAUACUGAAACUGUGAUGUAGAGGUUGGAGUUUGAUUAUGACUCUUUCCGAUGUAUUAAUAAAAUUUUACAAGAGGAAUUAAGAAUAUAUAAAUUUGAGUCAU